CAACCCCGCCCCCUUACCCCGCGGCCCCCUUGAGCUUACAGCGGGCCGCGGGGCGUCUGUGGCCGGUUUCGCUACUCCGGGUUAGCUGCCCGGGCUGAAUCUCCACGCAAGGUUGCUCUGAGCCUUCAUGAGGCGUGUCUGGAGCUGGGGGGAGGUGAGCGGCCCGGCCAGGCUGGAGGACGCGGAGGCCUGUGGCGAUCCCAGCGUGGGCCGCCUGAGCCACUGAUCACAUUUUUGGAGACUGUACCCAUCCUUGAGAAAAGCCCAGAAAAAGAACAUGGCUCCAGAGCAAAGGGAAGGGGAGUCUCAGGUGUCAGUGACAUUUGAAGACGUGGCUGUGCUCUUUACUCGGGAUGAGUGGAAGAAGCUGGAUCCCUCUCAGAGGAGCCUGUACCGAGAGGUGAUGCUGGAGAACUACAACAACCUGGCCUCGCUGGGAUUUCCAUUUGCCAAACCAAAGAUGAUCUCGGUGUUGCAGCAAGGAGAAGAACCCUGGAAAGUAGAGAGAAGUCAUGGAUGCUCCUCCCUUGGAUGUAAGAGCAAUCUUCAAACGACAAAAUCAACUCAAACUAAAGAGUCCUCAUUUCAGGGACUAAAGAGGAAACAACACAAAAGGGAUGAGUCCUGGGACAGUUUUAAAAAACAGUACAAGAAUGAGAGCUUGCAAAUAAUUUCAAUCACCCAUACAAAAAUCCUUAAUGUAGAUAAAAGCCAUAAGAAUUUUGAGUUUGGUCCAAACGUCAGCCUGAAGUCUAUUGGUAAGCAAAAGAUUGCUAGAGAAAAAACACAAAGAAAUAGCCUCAAGGAAAAUUCAGAUUCACUCAAUCAACCAAAAAUCAAGACAGCAGAAAAACGCUAUAAAUGUAGCACCUGUGAAAAAGCUUUCAUGCACAACUCAUCCCUUCGAAAACAUCUGAAAAACCAUACUGGAGAGAGAUUAUUUCAAUGUAAAGAAUGUUUGAAAGCUUUCAGCCAAAGUUCUGCUCUUAUUCAACAUCAAAGAACUCAUACUGGAGAGAAACCAUACAUAUGUAAAGAGUGCGGGAAAGCCUUCAGCCAUAGUGCAUCCCUUUGUAAACACCUAAGAACUCAUACUUUAGAGAAAUCCUAUACAUGCAAAGAAUGUGGAAAAUCAUUUAGCAGAAGGUCUGGCCUUUUCUUGCAUCAAAAAAUCCAUGCCCGAGAAAAUCCUCAUAAAUACAACCCAGGUAGGAAGGCAUCCACGUCCCUUCCAGGAUGUCAGAAAACUCAUUCCAGAAAGAAGACCUACUUGUGUAAUGAGUGUGGCAACACCUUUAAGUCUAGCUCAUCCCUUCGUUACCAUCAGAGGAUCCACACAGGAGAGAAACCUUUCAAAUGCAGCGAGUGUGGCAGAGCCUUCAGUCAGAGUGCCUCGCUUAUUCAACAUGAGAGAAUUCACACUGGAGAAAAGCCCUACAGAUGUAAUGAAUGCGGAAAAGGCUUCACUUCCAUCUCAAGACUCAAUAGACACCGAAUAAUUCAUACAGGAGAAAAAUUGUACAACUGUAGUGAAUGUGGCAAAGCCUUAAGUUCCCAUUCAACCCUUAUUAUUCACGAAAGAAUUCACACUGGAGAGAAACCAUGCAAAUGUAAAGUUUGUGGGAAAGCCUUCAGACAGAGCUCAGCUCUGAUCCAGCAUCAGAGAAUGCAUACUGGAGAAAGACCCUAUAAAUGUAAUGAGUGUGGGAAAACAUUCAGAUGUAACUCAUCCCUAAGUAACCAUCAGCGGAUUCAUACUGGAGAGAAACCAUAUCGAUGUCAGGAAUGUGGGAUGUCAUUUGGCCAAAGUGCAGCUCUUAUUCAACAUCAGAGGAUUCACACAGGAGAGAAACCUUUUAAAUGUAACACAUGUGGGAAGAGCUUUAGACAAAGCUCGUCACUUAUUGCACAUCAGCGAAUUCAUACCGGGGAGAAACCCUAUGAAUGUAGUGCAUGUGGGAAGCUCUUCAGCCAGAGGUCCUCCCUUACCAAUCAUUAUAAAAUUCAUAUGGAAGAGGAUGCCUUGAACACAGAUUUGCAUCAGUAAAAGCAAUUAACCAAAGUUCCUCACAGAAUACAUUCUUCACAUUGACUUAAUAAGUAUGGUGAAUGUGAGGAACCCUUUUAAUUUAGUCCUAUAAGAUAUUAAAAUUGGAAGAAAACUUCUUGGUCAUAUAAUAAUUAACAGAAAAUUUUCAAAUCUAUCAGUCACUUUUUAAGGUCAGCUACUACAUUGUUGUAGACAUCGACAUUGGCCAUUUGUAAAGUAAAAGGAACACUUUUCUUUUGUCCACAUUAUAUAAUAUAUGCAAUAUAUAAAUGCUAGAAAAUUCUGAGUUCAGGAGUGCUGGGUUCAGUAGCAAAAGGAAUAGCAGCUAUUAGUGUAUUGACUGCUGCUUAUAUUUUAAUAGUAAAUAAAAUAUAUGCAUUUUUAAAGCAGUGAACCAAACUCAAAAGACAAACUACCUCACACUGUCUUUUCCUGAGCUGUUGUCAAAUUGCAUGGUUUUUAUUUAAAAAAAAAAAAACUGUUCUCUUAAAUUUUUGUUCUUCGAAUUUUCAAACUUCUCUACAAACAUUUAAUAUACAUAUUCUAAUUUUGUGCUGUGAA